GCCGCCGCCUUGCAAAGCAACAAACAAUUGUUAAGGACAUACUUGAAGUGGGUGGUGAAUUAUAUUACAACAAACCUGAGUUUCAAUUUAUAAAAGAAAGUUGUAGCCCUCUAUCCCAUGUUCCUGUUUUAAAGAAAAAAAAGCUUUCGGUUAAACAAAAAAAGAGACUUAGAAAGAUUUUAGAGAAAAAGAAAAAAAAAUUGGAACGUUUAAAUAUUCUCAAAGAACUCCAGCAUGUCCAAAUUACCUCUGAACAUUCCCAGCUUCUCUAUAAAACUGCUCACUUUUCCUCCGGAAGUAAGAAAAAUAAAGUAAAGAGAGCGACAAAAAUUAUUAAUACUGACCUACAUUUGGAAUCUCAAGAUUAUAGAGAGCCGGUUGAAGAUUCCAACAAGGAAGAAGACAAUCCUUUACGGAAACAAAAAAAAGAAGAUGCGGGUGGUUGCUUUCUUAAAUAUGCUACUUCCCUACUAAGAAAAAGAUCUUCUCAAGAUAAUUUUUAUGAUUCAAAUGAAGCGUAUAACCACCCUUCCCCGAAUCCGUUAAGCCCUUUUACUUCUCUUGACUAUUCAAUAAAAUCACAAACAACAGAAAAAGGAAAGAUCAGUGCAGUAAAAGAAGAUGUUAACAUGCCGGUUGAGAAAAUUGUUAAACUUCCCGUAGUCAAACCAAUACACGUUGAAGUCAACAGGACUAGAGAUGUUGAGGAGCAGCGCACUUCUCUUCCCAUUUUUUACGAAGAGUUUCAAAUAAUUAGCACUAUUAAAGAAAAUCUUGUUACCAUUCUUUGCGGGGAAACCGGAAGCGGAAAAACCACACAACUCCCUCAGUUUUUAUAUGAGGCCGGCUUUAGUUUUCCUGAAGGGAAGUUUUCUGGACUCAUCGGCGUAACAGAGCCACGUCGCGUGGCCGCCAUCAGCAUGAGCGCACGUGUAGGGCACGAGCUUAACGAUUCCACUCUCUCGAGUUACCAAAUUCGUUAUGAAGGAAAUGUCACAAGCAGUACGCGAAUUAAGUUUAUGACGGAAGGCGUGCUUCUCAAGGAAAUCGAAGAAGAUUUUUUACUACGUAAGUACUCCGUGGUGGUGUUGGACGAGGCGCACGAGCGCUCGUUAAACACUGAUAUUCUUAUUGGCCUCCUCUCGCGUAUAAUUAAACUCAGAAAAGAGAUGUCAGAUAAUAACGAAGACGGUGUUCUCCCCUUCCGAUUGGUUGUUAUGUCCGCCACGCUUUGCAUUAAAGACUUUACUGCUAACGAGCGGUUGUUCGACUGCGUUCCUCCAGUCAUUCAAGUGGAGACGCGACAGUUUCCAGUGACAAUCCACUUCAACCGCCGCACACCGCUCGAUGAUUAUCUUGAAGAAACUUAUAAUAAAGUGUGUAAAGUGCACACGCAUUUACCUUCUGGCGGUCUUCUGGUUUUUCUUCCUUCGCAACGGGAAAUUAUGGCGCUUGUGAGGAAACUCAGAAGGCGCUUUCCUAUGAAUCUUGAUUCUCAGGACACACCUGAAAAAAAAUUACUUAAAAGUAAUACUUUUCAGGCUGAGAGCAGCGCGUCUACGGAGGACGAGAGUGAAACGGCUGUUACUAUUCCGAAUCUUUCAUGCCCUCCAUUGCACGUGCUGCCGCUCUACUCUCUGCUGCCGCACACCCAGCAGAUGAAAGUUUUCCGCCCGCCACCCACUGGCGCCCGUCUAUGCGUGGUGGCCACUAACAUUGCGGAGACGUCCAUAACUAUUCCUGAUAUUCGUUACGUUGUGGACUCUGGAAAGGUUAAACAGCGCACCUAUGAAUUCGGAGAAGACAGCGUUUCUCGUCUGGACGUGCAGUGGACUUCUCAGGCAUCUGCCAACCAGCGAGCUGGACGCGCGGGAAGAAGUGGCCCGGGACACUGCUAUAGACUUUAUUCUUCGGCUGUAUUUCAGAAUUAUUUUGAGCAAUUUUUCUCGUCCAGAGGCAUCUACUACUAUUGUUGUUGUUAUAGUUGCUAUACAUAUUUCAAAUAGAUAUUAAGACUACCUAUAGAAGGUGUAGUCCUGCAAAUGAAAGCGAUGGGAAUAGUCAACGUUGUGAAUUUUCCCUUCCCGACUCCGCCCGAUAUGGCAUCGCUGGUUUCUGCAGAGAAGCAUCUGGUCAAUUUGGGCGCUGUGGACCCUAAAACGCUAAAGAUCACGUGUUCUGGCACGCGCAUGUCUAAAUUUCCAGUCCCUCCCCGCUACGCGAAGCUUUUAGACUUCGCAUUGGACCAUCGCGAUAUACUCGGCUAUGUGAUUGUCAUUGUCUCCGCUCUAGCUGUGGGACACGUGUUUCUUUCCGACUAUGAAACAACCAAUGGCAACUCGGAUAGGGGGCCCUCGUCCUCUCAAAAGGCUAAAGAUGAAAUGUUGGGGGCGUGUUCUUCUGAUCUAUUUGCACUACUACGCGUGGUGGGGGCCUAUGAAUAUGCCGGUAACUCAUCCGACUUCUGCAAAAGCUAUUUCUUGCGGGAAAAGUCUUUAAAAGAAAUAAGAAAACUUUUUUCCCAUCUCGUUAAAAUUGUUAACCGAGUAUUUUCCGCCAACCUCUCGACUGGUUUAAAACUGAAACCACCAACAAAGAGACAAGAGAGUUUACUGUUUCAGGCGAUCUUCUCUGCAUAUAGCGAUCAUCUUGUAAAACGUUAUCACGCAGAGUCCACUGAUGACAACGAAUUGCUGCGGAUUAAAGGCGCUUAUCAAAGCCUUCAUUCGGACGAUCUUUUUUUUAUUCACCAAUCGUCUGUCCUCCACGCGACACUGCCCGAAUGGGCUAUAUACACGGAGCUCGUGGAAGUGGGCUCCAAGAAGUACAUGAAGCUUCUGACUAAAGUAGACCCUGCGUGGGUCCCUCUUUAUGCUCCUUUCAUUUGCGUAUUUACAAAGCCACGUGACCUUCAGAACGCCCGUUACGACCCACAACUAGACUCGGUGUGCACACGGCUUUCCGCUACUGCCGGGAUCCAUUCUUGGCAGCUUCCAAGCAGAGAACUUCCUUUUCCUGGCGAGGAUCCCAACCUCUAUAAAGUAUUCGCCAUGAGUCUUCUGGAAGGAGAAGUGAUUUCUACGCUAAAACCACUUGUUGCCCACCUCGUGGCCUCUCCACGUUUGCUACUGACCACGUGCACACAAGAGCGUGUCGUUGCAAUCACGUUUCCUUUGGCCAAUAACAAAAGGCUAAAGACAGAGAUGGAUUUAUUAUUUUUGAAAUUUUUUUGGCGGCUUAUUGAUUAUAUUAAGAUCUAA